ACGAAUACUAAGGUACCCACGAAUACUGUCUGUACCUUACUUUAGGUAGGUGCGGAGUGCUAUAAUUAUGUAUACCUAAAGUACUCUACCUGCUCCGACGUGUGUGUAAGGUAAUAUGGCAUGCCGUCAGGGACCUGAACUCAUGCAUAUCCCUCACAAACUUAGGUACGGAGUUAAGGCAACACUUGUUCGGAAAGAAACACCAGGAACAAAACAAAAGUUUUUUAGUAAUAAAGUCGACUAACUGCGAGAAUCUCCCAAUGUCUUCCCCCAACAACCCUCAUACAGGUCCCAUCCCGGACCCCCUCCCGGUGCAUAUCUACAAGAUCAUCCCCGACGAACCGCCCUCUCCACUACCAGCCGAAUGGCCCCUUUCCGACCUCGACCGUAACGACGGCUUCAUCCACUUUAGCACAGCGAAGCAGAUCCCCAUCACCGCGAGCCUCUACUUCAAAGACACCACGAACCUCUGGAUCUUCAAGCUCCCGUUCCGCCCUUUCGCCGACAAGAUCCGCUGGGAGGUCCCCCACACCGACGGCUGUCCUCAUCUGUACGGCGCCAACUUUGGAGCCGCCGACGUGCUGGACGUACGUGGGUUCCAGCGCGGCGACGGGCAGGGGUGGAAAGAGGUUUUGGGUGGCGAGGCGUGGUUGGAGCAUUGAAUUAUCACCACCCUUUUUACCACUUUGAUGUGUUAUGGAUGUACGGACGGGGACGCUUACUAUGGGUUAGGCUGAGCUCCUCGUCACUGGAGUAGGUAGGGAAUGAGAUGAGGUAACUCGAUGAUGGGAUCUAUGGGCUGAACUAGAGUGAGAACAAGACCAAGACCACAAUACGUUGUAUUCCCUUUUCUGCAUUAAUAACACGGAGUAAUCGGCCU